AUGAUUGAGUAUCAUGCUCUUAGCACAAAUCAUUAUCAUAUAGCAAAGACCUAUGAUACCUAUGAUAAGCCAAGGGUUUAUAAUGAGGCCAGUCUUAAUCCUAAUUGGAUCAAAGCUAUACAAGAUGAGAUCCAAGCUUUAGAUGAUAAAAAGAUAUGGGAAGUUGUUGAUUUACCCAAAGAAAAAAAGGCCAUAGGAUCAAAAUGGGUGUACAAACUCAAGUUUAGGUUUGAUGGAUCCUUAAAGAGGUUUAAAGCUAGAUUGGUUGCUAAAGGAUUCAACCAAAAGCAUGGAAUAGAUUAUGAAGAGACUUUCUCUCCUGUGGUUAAGAUGCCUACUGUGAGAUGCAUGCUAGCCAUUGCAGCUAGUCAUAGAUGGACUAUCCAUUAA